AUGACCCUGGUCCAUCUGCACCAGGCCGACUGGUGGGAGCUGCAGGCUGUCUUCCUAGAUGCUGAAAAGCACUGGAAGCAGCUUGAGGACCAGCAGGUGGCAACCUGUCAGAUGGUCAGGAGCCUGCUGGCGAAGCGGCAGCCCUCGGAGUACGUGGGGGCAAGAGCCCCCCUCUCACCACCCCUUAAGCCUCCAGUCCCAGCUCCAAGGAGGGCCAGAGCCCUUCUUCCCCCUCCCCUUCGGGAGCUCAGUUGGAAUAAACUCAAGUCUGCUUUGGAGCCUCUACAGAAGAACCUGAAAGUCUUAGAGGAAGCUAAACAAGACUAUGACCAAACAGCAGCUCACAUUAAGACGCAGGCCCAGCACACAGAGAGGCAGAUAAAGGAGGAGUUUGAGAAGCUUCACCAGUUUCUAAGAGAUGAAGAAGCAGCAAGGAUAGCUGCACUGAAGGAGGAAGAGGAGCAGAAGAGUCAGAUGAUGAGGAGGAAGAUUGAGGAGAUGAAUGGAGAAAUAUCAUCUCUUUCAGACACAAUCAGAAACAUAGAGAAGGAAAUGGAAGCUGAGGACGUUCUGUUCUUACAGAACUUCAAGUCUACAGAGAAACAAGCUCAGCUCAAACCAAAGGAUCCAGAGAAGACAUCAGGAGCUCUGAUCAAUGUAGUGAAACACCUUUCCAACCUGAAGUUCAGAGUGUGGGAGAACAUGCAGGAGAUUCUCCAGUACACCCCUGUUACUCUGGACCCCAACACUGUACAUCCAGACCUCCACCUGUCUGAUGAUCUCACUGCUGUAGAAAACAGGAACCAGAGAUCAUCACUUCCUGAUAAUCCAGAGAGAUUUGAUAAAUGGGAGUGUGUUCUGGGUUCUGAGGGUUUUAAAUCAGGGACACACUGCUGGGACGUCCAGGUUAGAGACAGUGAUGACUGGGCACUGGGUGUGAUACCAGAGUGUGUAACAAGAAAAGGAGAAUCUUUCUGGGGUUCAGUGUGGAGUCUUUAUUAUUUUUUGGGUGAAUACUGGAUACGUUGCCCAGGACAACCAGGUUAUUCCCUCCCGCUUAAAAAGAAGCUGCAGAGGGUCAGAGUGCAGCUGGACUGGGACAGGGGGAAAGUGACCUUCACUGAUCUUCUAACCAACAAACACCUGCACACUAUAACACACACUUUCACUGAGAGAGUUUUACCACUUUUCUGGAACUGGUCUGAUCAUCCUCUGAGGAUCUUACCAGUGAUGAUGUCAGUAACAGUGGAACAGCACAGUUAA